AUGCGUGAAUGGAAAGAAGACCACUGCUUCGUCUCUGAGGACCCCUCUAGUAGUAAAGCUGAGGCCAGGAAAAAUAAGCUCAACCGUUUCGUCCACUUACCCGACGGCACUGAAGUGGCCAUCGGUGCGGAGCGGUAUCUUGCUCCAGAAAUUCUAUUCACGCCGGCAUAUGCUGUUGAUGAAGUGUUCAAGGACCAACCGGGGCUGCAAGGGACGCUGAUAGAGGCGAUCGACUCGUCGCCACUGGACAUCCGAGAAUCGCUACAGCAGUCAGUACUGCUAUCUGGUGGCAACACCCUACUAGAAGGAUUCGGUCGUCGCUUGAAGGGUGAGCUCAGCAAGGUGUAUGGAGGUCGGGCUAGGGUGGUGGAGAGGGAUGAUAGAAUGUAG